GAGCUGCACACUGUGGUAAUGGCGUGCUGCGUGAAUGCAACUGUAUGAGCAAUGUCCAAUUGUACUGCAAAAGGUAACGGCACUUUGUGUUUUGUGUCUGCAGCACGACUGGAAGGUCAUCUUCGUGCUUCUGCUCCUAAUAAUCGUACUCGCCGUGACUCUAGGUGUUUUGUGGGUCUUCUGGCGCCCUGCUCAGCCUGGAGGAUGCUUCUGAAGGUGAAGCUCGAACAGAAACAGAAAUAUGUCAAGGUCACAGAGCAUGAUGGGACAUAUAAUUACCAGGAGUUUCACCUAGCAGUCAUGGAGAAAUUUGGUCUGCCUCCUGAGACUGAUGUAAUGUACAAAGACUCUACUGGAACAGAAGUGGAUGCAGACAUCUUCUCCGAACUAGUGGAGAAGGGAGAGUUGUUGUUAAAUGCACAUGUGAAUGAUGAUUCUCUGGACGUGUCGAUAUCCUCCGCUGCAUCAUGUUCAUCUGAAGCCUCUACGGUAAUUUUGGAUGACAGUUUCUCCGAGACUCCAAGUAAGAUACUCAGAAGGGAGACCCCAAGAGAAGCUGCCAAAAAUAUGGUCAAUCAAGUGCUUCUAAGAAAACCAGGGGGAGAGAAGAUUUUCCUGGAGUACCAUAAAACAAAGUCACUUACAGCUACAACUCGGAGACUGCUUGUUAACAUCUUGGUCGCUGACAUGGUGGAGCAGCAUGGCCGGAUCCCUUCCCAGGCCAUUAAGCUGAAGUAUGCGCAAGGCAUUGUGGCGUUAUUCCCGUACCUGGAGGAUCCAUUGUCCAAGCAUGGAUAUGAACACUUUUAUGAUCCUGCAUCAGGCUCCGGCUACAUUUCAUGGCGUCUCAAAACAGUGCAACGGAGUCUUUCUGAUCACUCAAGGACAGCAGCAGCAGCAGAAGAUGACAGCAGUGGUGGGCCAAAGGCUGCAAGACCCUCAGCUUCUCCAAUACAACAGUUGACGGGGCAGGAGUGUGUAGAGGCUCUAUCUAUGAUGAACCAUUCAGCUGAUGAUGCAGUAGUUCGAGAGAAGAUGAUGGCCACUUUUGAACACCGGCAGAAACUUGUCCAUGAUCCCGACACAUCUGUGGAUGUCCUCGAAACGUUCCCAAGAUUUCUUGACAUACCUGGCCUUAUUGAGCAGGACUUUCUUGCUCUUUUUGGACCUGAGACAUCUGGGAAGUUCCUGGCGAAGUGGACAACAUUCUUCAGACCACAAAUCAUUGAAGAUGCCAAAGGGCUGGUAUCCACUGCACAUGUCGAAGAGCUUCUUAGAUCUGCCCAAGGCGAUGGUGGUGGAUGGGACAUUGAUAUCGCUUCAUUAUGCCUGCUGCUGCAUCUCAUUCCACCAACAUCGAAGGGUCACAAGAAAUCUGCGAAAAUCAGUGCACUCCAGGCAGAGGAUUACUUGGUGCGAUAUUUGCAGGCUGGUACAAGCAUGCAGAUUUUCCUGUCCAGCCUGGAACCAUCUCAGCCCUUCAUGCUCUGCGUCGGGGAACAGAAGAACAAGAUCCACAAGUUCUACAUCAUCGUUGACAACCAGGCAAUACCAUGCAAAGCACAAACAUCAGUAGCUGCAUUUGACGAACUGUUCAAGGCACACUUUGUUUUCGGGACGUCAUAUUGUAAGCAGCUGCGACUCUAG